AUGCUUGCUCCAAGGACAGCGGAGGCCUGCUCUGGCUCGUCCGGCGAUGAUCCCUUUGUGGAGCCUUUUCACUUUGCAGCAAAAGAAUCUGGAGUGGCAGGUUCUAAUGUUUCAUAUACUACAAUAUCCAUAUCUCAGAAGAGGAGACUUCACAGUAUCAAGUGCGGACCAUCUAAUUCAUUUACAUGUUUUAAUGGAGGUGAGUGUGCCUACAGAGAGCUGUGCAACUGCAGUCGAUUUAAUGCAACUGGACCAAGAUGCCAGACAGUGUAUAAUACAGGUGCUGAAAGAGAUCAUAUAUGCAGAACAUGGGGUCAAUAUAAUUUUGAAACUUUCGAUGGACUCUAUUAUUAUUUUUCUGGGAAAUCCACAUAUGCACUUGUGAGACAUACUGAAUUAGAUGAACAGAGUUUUUCCAUACAGGUGAAUAAUGAUCCUGAAUGCCAUUCUUCUCCGUACUCCUGCAAAAGGUCCAUUAGUUUGUUCUUUUCUGGAGGUGAACAGAUAAAGAUGAGCAGUGAAGUCACCUAUAAAGGAUUUGGAGUACAGUUACCUUAUAGUAUUGGAAACUUACACAUCCAGAAACUAGCUGGAUACUUCCUAGUCAGACACCAGUAUGCCUUUACUCUGGCUUGGGAUGGUACGUCUGCAGUAUAUAUCAAAAUGGCACCAGAGUACCUGGGCAAAACACAUGGACUGUGUGGAAACAAUAAUGCUAUCCUGCAGGAUGAUCUUGAAACUAGUUAUGGAAAACUGACAGAUGAUGUGACAGAAUUCGUAGAGAGUUGGCAGGAAAAUCCACCACAAGGAGCAUCCCAUUGGGAUAAAUCUCUUCUCAGUGAACCGCCCUGCCUGACACAAAGCCAUGAAUCUCUACAGAGGGCAUAUACUCUGUGUAAUAUCCUGUUACAUCCCCCGUUUGAACAAUGUCACGAGUAUGUGAGUCCUCUUCCUUUUAUGGCAAGCUGCACCAAUGAUCUUUGCAUGUCAGCAGUUGAUAAUGCAACUUGGUGUCGAGCGUUAACUGAAUAUGCCAGAGCAUGUGCCCAAGCAGGAAAGCCGCUUCAUGGAUGGCGAAUGCACUUUGAACAGUGUGUGAUUACCUGUGCUGAACCCUUGACCUACAAUGAAUGUAUCAACUGUUGCCCAAUUUCAUGUCAUCAGCAAUCACAGUGCAUUGGCAGCGAGCUUCCCUGCAUUGAUGGAUGCUACUGUCCAGAUGGCUUAAUUUAUGAAAACGAAUUGUGUGUCAAGCCUAUGGACUGUCCUUGUGACUACCAUGGAAAUUUCUUUGAAAUGGGUUCAGUGGUUUAUGAGGAAUGUAAUAACUGCACUUGCAUUGGAGGAAAGUGGAUUUGUACAAAUCUUACAUGUCCAGCGGAAUGCUCAGUUUCAGGAGACAUUCAUUUCAUGACCUUUGAUGGGCGCAAGUACACUUUCCAAGCUACCUGCCAAUAUAUUCUAGCAAAAAGCCGUACCUCUGGAGCAUUUACCAUAUCCUUGCAAAGUGCUCCUUGUGGACAGAACCAGGAUGGAUCAUGUAUCCAGUCAAUCAGCCUUAUUCUUAAACAGGACCCCAAGAGGCAAGUGACUCUGACUCAUUCAGGAGAUGUUUUGGUAUAUGACCAAUACAAAAUUAACCUGCCUUAUGCAGAUGAGUUAUUUGAAAUACGGAAACUCUCCUCUGUAUUUCUUCAAGUAAAGACACAUGUUGGAUUACAGAUACUGUAUGACAGAGAAGGACUGAGGCUUUAUCUUCAAGCUGAUGGACGGUGGAAAGAUGAUACUGUGGGCCUUUGUGGAACCUUCAAUGGAAACAUGGAGGAUGAUUUUUUAUCUCCAGUUGGAGUAACUGAAAGCACUCCAGAGCUGUUUGGAAGCACAUGGAAGACUUCAUCAGCAUGCAUUCUUGUGCAUGAUAGUUCGCAAAUGGAUCCGUGUGAUAUUCAUCUGCAGGCAGCCUCUUAUGCAGCGGAAGCUUGUAGCAUCCUUAUGAAAGAGCUUUUUGCUCCAUGCUACCCCUAUUUGAGUCCCAUUCCCUAUUUUGAGCAGUGCAGAAGAGACACUUGCAAAUGUGGACAGAUUUGUUUUUGCUCUGCUCUGGCUCAUUAUGCUCAUCAUUGCCGAAGAUUUGGAGUUGUAAUAGAUUUCAGAGGAGGUGUCCCAGACUGCGCUCUUUCAUGUGAAGAUACAAAGGAGUACAGUACUUGUGUAUCUACCUGUGGCAGAACCUGCCAAGCACUGUCUGUGCCAGAGACAUGCAGCAGUGAUUGUGUUGAAGGCUGUGCUUGUCCUUCUGGAAUGUAUUUGAAUUCCAAGACCGAGCGAUGUGUACAGAGAAAUGAAUGCCCUUGUUAUUUUCAAGGAAUUGACUAUCCCCCUGGAGAAAAUGUUAUGACAUCUUUAGGCAAAUGCCACUGCAGGGAUGGAGUAAUGAAUUGUGAUAACAACGUAAUAGCACACGGCUGCCCUGUUGGACAGAUUUAUAUUAACUGCAGUAAUCCACAAGUUGAUCCUGAGCUCAGCAGAGAGAGAACUUGCGAGAAUCAUCUGCUAAACCUCACUUUCUCAGCACACCUUCCAUGUGUUUCAGGUUGUGUCUGCCCACCAGCACUUGUUAAACAUGGGGAUAUGUGCUUGGACGCAGAUGAAUGUCCAUGUUCAUGGAAAGGAAAGGAGUACUUUCCAGGUGACAAAGUCAUUUCUUCCUGUCAUACAUGCAUUUGCCAGCAUGGAUCAUUUCAGUGCACCUUCCAUCCUUGCCCAUCAAUGUGUACUGCGUAUGGGGAUCGGCAUUACAGAACAUUUGAUGGACUAACAUAUGACUUUGUUGGAACUUGUAAGACUUACCUAGUUAAGGAUACUUCUUCAACCAGUUUUUCUGUUAUUAUAGAGAAUAUUAACUGCUUUAAUACUGGAAUCAUUUGCAGAAAAAACAUGUUCAUUACUUUUGGAAAAUCUUUUUUAAUAUUUGAUGAUGAAACUGGAAAUCCUAGCUUAUCUAGUUACAUAGCUGAAGAACAGAAAAUACAGUUAUGGAAAGCUGGAUUUUUCACUGUUGUUCAUUUUCCUAAUGAGCAUAUCACCAUUCUUUGGGAUCAGAGAACAACAGUUCAUGUACAGAUGGGUCAUCAGUGGCAGGAUAAAUUGACUGGAUUAUGUGGAAAUUUUGAUUUGAAGACAGUAAAUGAAUUGAGGACUCCAGAUAACUUAGAAUUAACAAACUCACAAGAGUUUGGAAACAGCUGGACAGCUGUAGAGUGUGUUGACAGCUCUGACAUUCGAAAUCCAUGCAGUUUGAAUCCCCUUAGAGAGCCAUUUGCCAAGAAGGAAUGUGGAAUACUCUUAAGUGAAGCAUUUGAAGCUUGCCAUCCAGUGAUUGACGUCACCUGGUUUUACUCAAACUGCUUGACAGAUACAUGUGGUUGUAGCCAAGGAGGUGACUGUGAGUGUUUCUGUACAAGUAUAUCAGCAUAUGCCCAUCAGUGCUGCCAGCAUGGAGUUGCUGUAGACUGGAGGUCCCCUAGAGUGUGUCCUUAUGAUUGUGAAUAUUUCAACAAAGCUCUGGGAAAGGGCCCGUACAAACUGGUCAGCUAUUUGGAUGGAGAAUUUGUGAUGGCAGUGAAACUGGUGGAUGGUGUUGUUUUCACAGAGAGAGAAGAAGAUAUUGUUCCUGGAUACGCAGUGAGCUUUAUGCUGACUUCAGGACUGUAUAAACCCAAAGCACAUGAUUCCAAUUUGAUUUCAUUUGAAACAGCUGAGAGACCAAACUAUUUUCUUCAGUUGGCCUCCAAUAAUACUCUUGUUCUUUCUAAAUGGGAAAAAAGAGAAGCAUUUCACAACAGAUCUACGUUUGUUAUUCACAAGAAUACAUGGCUUUCAGGAUACAGUUCCUUUGAGUCAUUUGCAAAACCAGGAUACUUCAUCCACGUUUCAGCCUCUUCAGUUGAGCUUUUGAGGUACCAUCACUCAGAGGAGUUCAGACUGUCAACUCUUUUUAAACUUGUAG